UGGAUCCAGACUACUUCGUUCCUCCGGAUUUCGAUCGCCCUUUUUCUAUCUGUCAAUCAGCGCCGCCUUUGAACUGAAAAGCUCUCAGUCUAACUUCAACUCACUCAAAUCCGAGCGGCACAGGCUCCCUAUAUCUGCGGCUUCUAACCCCCCUCCCCCGGUUUUACAGCUGACUUGUUUGGUUUGUUUGCUGCAUUUUUUUUUAUAGUUUCCCCCUCCCCCGUUUCUCCCUCCCUGCUUAUAUAAUUUUUUUUAUUAUUAAUUUUUGUGUGUGUGUCUGCCCGCGUGUGUCUGCGUGCGCGCUUUGCACGCUGAUCUGAUCUUCGGAAGAAAAGAGAAAGAGACAGAAAAAAUCCAGAAGAAGGAAAAGAAGAAACCAAAAGUCACUGGUGCAAAAAGAAAGGAGCAGGGACACUGCCCUCCCCUCCUCCUCCUCCCUCUUUUCCCCUCCCCAGGAGGAAAGAAAAGGGGAAAAAACUUUCACCUUGGGCUCUCUCUCUUUUUUUAAAAAAACUGCAAACUUCCCCCUUUUCUUUCGUUCUUUCCCCCCUUUUUUUUUAAUCCUUCCCCCUUUCUUUCCUUUUUUUCUUUUCUCCCUCCCCUCCGUCCUUGCAAAAUUGCUACUUGGUGGGGUAAGUCAGGAGGAAAAUGCCGCAACUCAAUGGCGGUGGAGGGGACGAUUUGGGGGCGAACGAUGAAUUGAUCUCUUUUAAAGACGAAGGGGAGCAAGAAGAGAAGAUCUCGGAGAACUCUUCGGCAGAGAGGGAUUUAGCCGAUGUCAAAUCGUCUCUAGUCAAUGAAUCAGAAACGAAUCAAAACAGCUCCUCAGACUCGGAGGCGGAGAGGCGGCCUCCGCCAAGGUCCGAAAGUUUCAGAGAUAAAUCCAGAGAAAGUUUAGAGGAAGCUGCGAAAAGGCAAGAUGGAGGGUUGUUUAAGGGCCCACCGUACCCUGGGUAUCCCUUUAUAAUGAUUCCCGACCUGACCGGCCCCUACCUCCCCAAUGGAUCCCUCUCGCCAACGGCAAGAACGUAUCUCCAAAUGAAAUGGCCGCUGCUUGAUGUUCAGGCAGGGAGCUUACAGAGCAGGCAAGCCCUCAAGGAUGCUAGGUCUCCAUCUCCAGCACACAUUGUUUCUAACAAAGUCCCAGUUGUGCAGCACCCGCACCAUGUACAUCCCCUUACGCCGCUUAUUACGUACAGCAAUGAGCACUUCACACCAGGGAAUCCUCCUCCACACUUACCAGCCGAUGUAGAUCCAAAAACAGGAAUUCCACGGCCUCCGCACCCUCCAGAUAUAUCUCCUUAUUAUCCACUAUCACCGGGCACUGUAGGGCAAAUCCCCCAUCCGCUAGGAUGGUUAGUACCACAGCAAGGUCAACCAGUCUAUCCAAUCACAACAGGGGGAUUCCGGCAUCCCUACCCAACCGCUCUGACUGUCAAUGCUUCCAUGUCAAGCUUUCUCUCCUCUAGGUUCCCUCCACACAUGGUUCCUCCACAUCAUAGUUUACACACAACUGGGAUCCCUCAUCCAGCAAUUGUCACCCCAACCGUCAAACAGGAAUCCUCGCAGAAUGAUGUCGGCUCACUCCACAGCUCAAAACAUCAGGACUCCAAAAAAGAAGAGGAGAAAAAGAAGCCACACAUAAAGAAACCUCUUAAUGCAUUUAUGUUGUAUAUGAAGGAAAUGAGAGCAAAAGUCGUAGCAGAAUGCACAUUGAAAGAGAGUGCAGCCAUCAAUCAAAUCCUUGGUCGAAGGUGGCAUGCGUUAUCCAGAGAAGAACAAGCUAAAUAUUAUGAACUAGCCAGAAAGGAACGACAGCUUCACAUGCAGCUUUACCCCGGCUGGUCCGCACGGGAUAACUAUGUAGGUGGCUAUGGCAAGAAGAAGAAGAGGAAAAGGGACAAGCAGCCAGGAGAGACCAAUGAACACAGCGAAUGUUUCCUAAAUCCUUGCCUUUCACUUCCUCCGAUUACAGACCUGAGCGCUCCUAAGAAAUGCCGAGCGCGCUUUGGCCUUGAUCAACAGAAUAACUGGUGCGGUCCCUGCAGGAGAAAAAAAAAGUGCGUUCGCUACAUACAAGGUGAAGGCAGCUGCGUCAGCCCACCCUCUUCAGAUGGAAGCCUACUAGACUCUCCUCCGUCUUCUCCCAACAUGCUAGCCUCCCCCAUAAGAGACUCAAAACCACAGACUGAACAAACCCAACCUCUCUCACUCACAUUGAAACCCGACCCACUGGCACACCUCUCAAUGAUGCCGCUGCCACCGUCCUCUCUAGUCCUGACUGAAAGCUCCACUAGCAAAUCCAGUGGUCUGCCUGCUAGUAAUUGCCAGAACGGGGCAUUGGACCAUCAGUCUGCCACUUUACAGCAGUCAGCACCAUCCUCCUCUUCGUUAGCGCAACCGUCAACAUCCUCCUUGCAUUCCCAUAAUUCUUUAACUGGGACACAGCCUCAGCCACUGUCACUUGUAACCAAGUCUUUAGAAUAGCUUUAGCCUCUUGUAGCCCUUUUUAAUUUUUAAUUUUUUUGUGUGUCGAGAUUUUUUUUCCUUUUGUUUGUAUUUUUUUUUUUUUUUUUGAAAAAAAAAUUGUGCCAUAUGGCUGGCUACAUUAGUUGAUGUCUAUCGAGUUCAUUGGUCAAUAUUUGACCCAUUGUUAUUUCAUUUUUUUUUCCUUUAAAAAUAUGUAGAUGGAGAAAAAAAAAGCCUCAUGAUUCUGCCAAAAUUUUUAUCAACAGCUGUUUAAAGUCUUUGUAGCGUUUAAAAUAUUAUAUAUAUAUAUAUAAAUAUAUAUAUACAUAACUGUUAUGUAGUACCAAUAGCUUAGUUUCAAAGACUGAUUUUAAAAAUGAAAAAAGAAGCAAUUUUGAAGCAGCCCUUGCUGAAGGUGUUGGUUCUUUAUUAUUUGUAUUAAAUACGAGCUUGCGAACCAAUCAUUUUACAUCUGGUUUUUAAAACUUUUUAAGGGCACAAUGAAUGCAGUGCCGCUAAUUUUUUUCCCUUUUUUUCUUUGUGUGAUAUAACUUUUCUUGUGACGUUACUUGUUAUUGUUUAAAUGUACAGAAACAAAGGGUUAAAAUGUGUUAAUAUACCUUGUUCCAUGGUGUUGUUCUUUUUUGGGGGAGGGAACGCUACUCAACAAUUAAAAAGUAUCACAACGCUAUUGGACCAGUAGUAUUUAUUGCUUUAGAGAUUGCUUGUUGUACCUGUAUGUUGUCCCUUUUUUUAAGUGUUCUCUUUUUUUCUUUCUUGAAACGUUGUGUAAAGUUUUUUUCCCCCCUUAGCGUAAGCAUCAUAUAUAUAACAACUCAUUUGUACAAGGUUUUUAAGUUUAUAUAUAAAUGUGUAUAUAUAUAUUUUUGUUGGUUUCUUUUGUUUGUUUUAAUUUCUUUUUUUUCUCUCUGUCACAUAGUUGCCACCAAAUGGACAUUUGCAGAUGGAUCAAUAUUGUAAAAAAAAAAAAAUGCUUUAAAAGCCAUUACAUGAAAUAAGACUUGAAAAUUUAGCACGGGACUUUUUAGCAAUUCUGUUGGAAAAGCAGCAGGGUCUCCCAUUCAGAGCUGCAGAUGACUUUUCCUGCCACUUGUAGGCUGUGAGCAAAACUUUUUAUGUGCCAAAAUUCUCAGUGAUUUUCUCUUUUCCCAACACCUUUUUAUGCUGUACUUUUUUAAUUUUGUUCAUCCUGUUUUGCUGUGAUGUUACAUAGGUAGAUAUGUAUGUAGCUUUUAAUGUCACCUAUUACAGACGUGUUUGGUAGCAGAUUGUCCAGAAAGCAUUUAAAAAUGAAGAGGUAUAAACCCUAAAGGGCCAAAUCCUGUAUAUUAGAUUAUUCAAAAAAGGAAAAAUCAGACUGCCACUUUUAUGUACACUUACGACAUACAGGUAGGUAGCAAACUUUAAAAAAAAAAAACCUAGGCAUGUUGAUGUUGCAAUUUUUUUUAAAAAAAGAUAAAACACUGUAUAAAGCUGAAAAAAAUGUUCAUCUGUUCAUCCAGUGCCAUUGUAGUUGACAUGAAGCGAUUGUAAAACUGUCUCCAGUUUUCUUCUCUGGUUUAUUAAGAUGCUAACUAUGACAUUUUUUUGUGAAUCCUUUGAAUGUUUCCUAACAGUUGUGAUGUUACUGUUCUGUUUUAUUGCUCUUAUUCCAAUUUUUCAUUUCUAAUGGUUUGGAAGCCAUUUUUGUAAUGAAUAAAUGUCCAUGCUGUACAGUAUCUGUAGCAUGCAGUUCUGGAUUAAUAAAAGCAACUUAGUAUGUGCA